AUGGAAGCUGGUGGAUUUGAAUACCUUUUGCAGGAGUUUCCACCAGAAUUCGAGUGUGUCAGACCUCUUUGCAGAACCAUACGAGACCCAAAAUCGUUAUACAAUCCUGUUAUUAAGGAGUAUGAUGAUGAUGAUGAUGAUGAUGAUGAUGACCGAUUGAAACUGAAUAAGAUUAAUGUUUGUACUGUUAUGGUGAAUCAGAAGCUUCAAGACACGCCAUUAUCACCUGUUGAUCCUCCAUCUGAAUAUAACCAACCCUAUCUACAAAUCUUAUGUGGAAACGAUGAUUUUACGACGAUGCCACUCUUGUGCCUUCUCCUGCGACUUGCGUCUCGUCUUGCUUUUGGCUUUCUCUCUUGA